AUGGAGUUUCGGAGCGGAGGAAAUGGCUCAGGUGGUGAUCAAGAUGGUCCCAAUCCUCGAAGAGGGAGGAAAGUGUACAAUCGCCACACUCCUCAGCAGAUUCAGCGCCUUGAAACGUUUUUCAAGGACUGCCCCCAUCCAGAUGAAGCCCAGAGGCGUCAGUUGGGCAGGGAAUUGGGGCUUGAGUCCCGCCAGAUCAAGUUUUGGUUUCAGAACAAGCGUACUCAAACAAAGACUCAACAUGAGCGCGCAGAUAACACUGCCCUUCGGGCCGAGAAUGAAAGGAUCCAAUGUGAAAACCUUGCAAUCAGAGAGGCACUGAAGAAUGUGAUCUGCCCAUCGUGUGGGGGUCCACCCUUCGGGGAAGAAGAACGGCAGCGUAACAUAGAGAAGCUUCAGCUUGAAAACGCCCAAUUGAAAGAAGAGCAUGAAAAGGUAUCAAAUCUUCUUGCCAAGUACAUAGGGAAACCCAUUACACAAAUGCAUUUGCUGCCACCUGCCCUUGGAUCUUCUUUGGAUUUUUCACCAGGAAGUUUCCCAAGCCAAGAGACAGGAGGCCUUUCCAUCCCCACAGUAGGCCCUGCCCUAGGCCUUGAACUUGCUCCCGUGGAUAUUUGCAAUGCUUCAGUGAUGUAUCAAUUUAAGGGAUUCCCAGAUAUGGAAAAGACACUCAUGACUGAGACUGCUGCCGGUGCCAUGGAUGAAUUAAUCAGGCUUGUGCGUAUCAAUGAGCCUUUGUGGGUCAAGUCCGCCACUAAUGAAAAAUAUGUUCUUCACCAUGACAGCUAUGAAAGAAUUUUCCCCAAGGCUACUCACUUCAAAAGUUCAAAUGCUCGAAUUGAAUCAUCAAAGGAAUCAGUCGUGGUGGCCAUGAAUGGAAUGCAGUUGGUCAACAUGUUUCUGGAUCCAAAUAAAUAUGUCGAUCUCUUUCCCACAAUCAUUACCAAAGCAAGCACAAUUCAAGUUCUUGAGGCUGGACUAAUUGGAAGCCGGAGUGGUUCCUUGCAAUUGAUGUAUGAACAGAUGCAUAUUCUUUCACCUCUUGUAGCACCUAGAGAAUUCUACUUUCUUCGUUAUUGCCAGCAAAUUGAGCUAGGCGUGUGGGCGAUGGUGGAUGUGUCCUAUGAUUACUCCAAAGAUGGCCAACCAAACUCCUCUUUCCGAUUUUGGAAACUUCCUUCUGGAUGCAUGAUUCAAGACUUGCCUGAUGGCUGCUCCAAGAUUACUUGGGUAGAACAUGUUGAAGUGGAUGAUAAAAGUCUAACGCAUCGGCUCUAUAGAGAUCUUGUCUCUGGUAGCUUAGCCUUCGGCGCAGAAAGAAUGGUCGUUACUCUUCAAAGGAUGUGUGAGAGGCUCGCUUACUUGGCAGAUGAAAAUACACCGACUCGUGAUCUUGCAGGAGUGAUUAGCUUGCCUGAAGGGAGGAGAAGUAUAAUGAAGCUUGGUCACAGGAUGGUGAAAGAUUUUUGUGGGGUUUUAAGCAUGUCUGGAAAACUAGAUUUUCCUCAGUUAUCUGAAGUGGACAAUAGUGGUGUCAGAGUCUCGGUUCGCAAGAGCACAGAACCCGGCCAACCUGGUGGCCUGAUCGUCAGCGCUGCGACCUCCCUUUGGCUCCCCAUGCAAAGUCAGACUAUAUUUGAUUUCAUCAGAGAUGAGAAAAUGCGACCUCAGUGGGACGUUCUGUCCAGUGGAAAUCCAGUACAUGAGAUUGCACAUAUCGCAAAUGGAAUUAAUCCAGGGAACUGUACAAGUAUCAUUCGGCCUUUUGUCCCCACCGAGAACAACAUGCUCAUGCUUCAAGAGAGCUGCGUGGAGCCUCUGGGAGGCUUGGUGGUCUAUGCCCCCAUUGACAUACCGGCCAUCAACGUUGCAAUAAGGGGAGAGGAGUCUGGAAACAUACCCAUUCUUCCAUCUGGGUUCAUAGUCUCUGGAGAUGGCCGUUCCGACUCAGGAGCCGGAUGUACAUCUGACGGGAAUAUCAUGGGUUCGGGUGGUUCCCUUCUUACAGUGGCUUUCCAAGUACUGGUUUGUGGCCCUGCGGCUCCGCAGCAGCAGCUGAACAUGGAGUCGGUCGCCACUGUCAAUACUCUUAUUAGCUCCACCGUUCAAAAAAUUAAGAUUGCCUUGAAUUGUUCUGGUUUGGAUUGA